AUGUUGAAAAGAUAAUACAUGACACAAUGUCAAAUGGUUACUCUGAUUUAACCACAAGCAAAUGACUUGUUUGAUUUAAUAUGUUUUUUUGAUAUUUUUUAUAUUAAAUAAAUGAGUUAUCCUAAUAUAUAAGUAUUUUUAGAGGAUUUCGAUAAAGAAAAUGAAUUAUUAGGGAAAGGUACUUAUGGGGCAGUUUAUAAAAUGAAAACCAAAAGGAUUAUCAACCCUGAAUUAGAAAGAGAGUAGGAUUAAGUGCCGUUUGUGAGUCAAUAUUUGGCAGUAAAAAUGAUGGAUGCUAAAACUGAAAAAUCCUUUAAUACAAUUCAGAAAGAAUUCUUGAUAUUAAAGAGUUUACCCAAAUAGCAUCCAAACAUUAUAAAAUUAUACAAAGUAAUCCUUAAUUAUGAAAAAUUGUAGAGUUAUGCUUGGGCAAAUUAAAUAACCAAAACAUAUACUCUUGUGUUAGUAAUGGAAUUAGCUGAUAAAAAUCUAAUGACAGAAAUAAAGGAGAGGAUUAUUUCAUAAAAGUAUUUCCCUGAUGAUUAAUUGCAUCACAUAUUUUUAUAGUGCAUAUAAACACUUAAUGAUAUUAAAAUACACUCUAAUAUUUAUCAUAGGUAAAUAAUGUUCAAAAUUUUAGAGAUAUAAAACCGGAGAAUAUCCUCAUUAAAUCUAGUGGUUUGUAAAUACUUUUAUCAGAUUUUGGUGUAUCUAAAAAACUAAUGAAAGAAAAAUUACCAACUAUUGCAGGGACUUUAGUCGGCACUCCUUUAUAUUUAUCUCCUAUUCUUUGGAAUGCAUUUGAAUCUUUGAAAUUUUAAGUAGCAAACAUUAAUAAGAUUGUUCACAAUGUUGAAAAGUCUGAUGUUUAUUCUUUGGGUGUAACUUUAUUAUAAACAACUCUUUUACUAAAUUCUGAAAUCUAGAAGUUAAACGCAGUAUUAUACUUAAGUAAUUUAGGGAGAGUAAGGAUAAAUUAGAACAAAUAAUUUACUAAAAGGCGUUUAAAAUCCGAGAAUUUAAAAUAUAUUAACAAGAAUGCUCGAACAUGAUGAAAAAUAAAGAGCUUCUUUUUAAGAACUAUUAUAACUUUUGAGUGAACCAAUACCAAAAUAAAUGGUUUAAAACAAAAAGCCAAUAUUUUCAUAUGUUGAACCGAAAAUAGGCAUUAAAGAAUAAUUUAGUUUGUAAGCGAAGAUUAAUUAUCAAAACAAUAAAAAUGAACCUGAUCAAGCAUUUGUUAAUUAAAAAUCAGAUCAAAAAGAUGAAAAAAUAGAAUAAACUAAUAAUUCAGAGACCGCUCAAGAAUCUAAAUUAAUUUAAGAUCCUAUACUUUAUGACAAUAAGGAAAAGUGA